UAUUGAAAUUUGAAAUGGUGUUACGCUUGUAAUGAAAAUGACCAUGUCAACAGCUGACAGACACGAUGAAAACUGAUCCAUUAAGGUUGGCCCUUUUUGUACCACCAGUCCUAAGAUCAGGGUGAAUGAAGUUGGUUCAGAUUUCAGACAGCAGCGCAGACAGAGGAGGAGAUCAUGGUUUCUAACCUUUCCUGAAUUUUAUGGCUGUCAAUUCUUUUCUUGUCUCAGUAUCAAUAUCUUUCAGAGACUUGUAAGUUAUAAAACAAACCACAAGAAGGUUUAGGUGUAGGAGUAAGAAAAGGAAAAAAGAAGAAUAUUGAGCAUGUGUGAAGCACAUGGCACAUGGGAAGAUUAAGGUUUCGUAGGACGGCGUUAUAAAUAUAGAACGCAUGGAGAGUCAAUCCACCAACAAGACGACAAUUCAGUGAAUUCCAAACUUCCAUUUUCUUUCUUCUUUUUUUCUCUCUCGCUGUUAGAACCGUGACUUUGAUCUCCAUAAAUUGUUCUUCUCUUCUUUCUUUUCAUGUACGUGGGGGAAAAUUAACAAAAAUUGAUGUCGGUUUUAACUUACAAAAACUACUUGCCCGGCUUUAAUAAAAUUUAUUAAUUGAUCACCGCUAUGUAUGUAUACGCGCUUUCUUCUGUUCUUGUCCAAAUUUGCUAGCAGCCAGCAGACUCCAAGAAGCCCUCUUAUCUUAUGUCUUAUAUUCCUUUUUCCCUGUCAAAGAUUGAUAGAAAAAGCUCGAAGAAUCUUUUGGACAUGGACGGACAGUGGGGGUUUAAGAGGCUCAAGUUCAGGAUGAUGUUCAUGCUGGUUUUAUCACUGUUUGAUCAGAAUAUGAGCGUUUCCUCGUCUUUGAACGGUGAAGGCCUGGCUCUGCUGAGGUUGAGAGAGAGAGUGGUGAGCGACCCUUUUGGCGCUUUAUCAAACUGGAAGGAAAAUGAUGGAGAAAUUGAUCCGUGUUCUUGGUUCGGGGUGAAGUGCUCCCAUGGAAAAGUAGUUAUUUUAAAUUUGAAAGAUCUUUGCCUUGUUGGGAGCCUGGGACCCGAAGUUGGGAAGCUUGUGUACUUAAAAUCUAUUAUAUUGCGCAACAAUUCUUUCUCUGGAAGCAUUCCUAAAGAAGUUGGGGAAUUGAAGGAGCUGGAGGUGUUGGAUUUAGGAUGCAAUAACUUCAGUGGACCAUUUCCACGUGAUUUUUGCAAUAACCUUUCCUUGGGAACACUCUUACUCGACAACAAUGAGUUUCUUGGCAGCCUGGCAGCUGAGGUUAAGAUGCUUUCUAAAUUUGAAGUAGAUGAGAACCAGCUAAUUAAUAAUGCAGCUGCUAGACCGUCUUGUGAAAGCAGAGAUUUUCCUCAUCGGAACAUCGCCCAGCCAAGACAUGUAGCUCUCUGGAGGCGGCUGCAGCAGUUGCUAGAUCCCUCCAAGGCACACAAGGCCAACAAAAGAGGUUCCCAGCCGUCUGUGCCACCUUCACUUGCACAUAAUCACGUCUCUUUGCCUUCAACGUCCCCUUCACCAUUACCAUUGUCUCCAUUUCUAUCUCCUUUGGGGGCACCAUUUUUACCUCCAUCAGCAUCACCCUCCAGUGACUUUAUUACUCCACCUUCACCUUCACCUUCACCAUCAGUCUCACCUGCAGUAGCACCGGCUCCAGCUUUACCACUUCCAGCAGAACCACCAGUAUUUAUCUCAGAACCACCACAAUCACACAGUGCCCCAGCCAAUUCCCCUGCUUCAACUCCAAGCCAAAUAGAAGAUGAGAGGUCUGAUUCAGAACAUCAUAUGGUUAUAAUGUUGAUUGCAAGCAUUGGGGGAUCCUUGUUUGUUUUGGUUUUGUUCCUUGGCAUAUUCCUCUUCCGAAGCAGUAAGGUGGUUACUGUCAAACCUUGGGCCACAGGAUUGAGUGGUCAGCUGCGGAAGGCAUUUGUCACAGGUGUGCCGAAACUGAAGCGAUCAGAACUUGAAGCAGCUUGUGAGGAUUUUAGCAAUAUAAUUGGUACCUUUUCUGACGGUACAGUCUACAAGGGGACUUUAUCAAGUGGGGUUGAAGUAGCCGUAACAUCGACAGCAGUUGCAUCUCGUGAAGAUUGGUCAAAGAAUUUAGAAACAGACUUUAGAAACAAGAUAGACGCUUUGUCUAAAGUGAACCACAAGAAUUUUGUGAACCUCAUAGGCUAUUGCGAAGAAAAUGUGCCUUUCACAAGGAUGAUGGUUUUUGAAUAUGCUCCUAGUGGAACACUCUUUGAGCAUCUACACAUACAAGAAGCCGAGCACUUGGACUGGGGAAUGCGACUAAGAAUAGCCAUGGGAAUAGCAUACUGCCUCGAGCACAUGCAUCAGCUAACUCCUCCUAUUGCCCAUAGAAACCUGCAGUCUGGCUCUGUGUAUCUGACUGAAGACUAUGCUGCCAAAAUAUCUGAUUUCAGCUUCUUGAGUAAUGCUACCGCAGCCAAGGCGGGAUUGACUACCAUGGAGCUCUUAGAAUCCCAAUCAGCAGAUGCAGAAAGCAACAUUUACAGCUUUGGGGUAAUAUUGUUUGAAAUGAUAACCGGUAGGAUCCCAUAUUCAGUAGACAAUGGCUGUGUUGCAGAUUGGGCCUCAGACUACUUGAAAAGGGAUAAACCCUUGAAAGAAAUGGUGGAUCUAACUCUUAAAUAUUUCCAGGAAGAUGAGGUGGAGAAAUUGUUUGAAGUGAUUAAAACUUGUGUUAAUCCUGAUCCAAAAGAGAGACCAACAAUGAGAGAAAUCGCAGCUAAUUUAAAAGAGAUAACAGCAGUGGGACCUGAGGGAGCAACGCCAAAACUAUCUCCCCUUUGGUGGGCUGAGCUUGAAAUCCUGUCGACAGAAGCAAGUUGAAACCUGAAUAAAGUUAAUUUUUCCCCUUCCCUUUUAGUUGUUGGGCUUCGAAGCAGUGGAGUUUCGGGUAGGUUCGAGUUUCGGGUAGGUUCAAGUUUCUCUAACCCAAUGCCUGGUAAGAGAGAUGAUUUUUUUUUUCCUUGUAUAUAAUUGAGAGAGAUGAAGACUUGCGAGUGAGCCUUGGCUUGUUGCUACUUCCCCAUUCUUUUUGUUCUUUCGUUUUCCUCAUUGGUUCAUUCAUAUGCUAAAGUGGGUUGUAUAAUUUCCAGUAGCAACUUGGGAGAUGAAUAAAGGUUGAUUCUCUACCUCUCUA